CACAUAUCCACAAUCCACUGUCGAAACUAACCUAAUAGAGCCACUCCCGCCUAAUUAAUUCAAAUAUUUAGGCAAAUUGUAAACUAACAUAUAGGAAAAAUGGUUACUGAAGAUAAUAUUAAUAAAGACCCUCCUGAAGAAGAUUCUAAAAAUGUCGAUACUGAAGAUGAAACUGAAAGAACUUUUAGGUGUUUAAGCAUCAUUUCAUAUUUCUUAGUAUUGGUGGUACUGGGUAUUCCAGUUUGGUGGUACACAACCCGCGUAUAUCGGGCACCACUCCCCCUUAAUGAAAUCGGUGAUUUACAACUACAUCCUCAAAAUACCACAGAGUUUGGCAUUCCACUUAGUCUAGAGUACGAUAUUCUGAUCAGCUUUAUCAAUCCGGACCCUAAAAACUUAAAAGUUACUGUAGAACCAUUGGAAAUUGAUGCUUAUCUGCAAGAAAAUUUUGUACAUAAACUCGCCCCUGUGGCACAGUUACAUGUAAAGUCCCAAUGGCUGUAUUUGACAGAAUUGAAUAUAAAUGCUGCAAAAAUAAAUGAUCAUGUUCCUAUAUAUGAGCAUGAUUUACCAUAUGUGAUUACCCCAUUAGAAACAAAAUUGUGGACAAAUGUUUCUCCUCGGCCCAGUAUUAACUUGGUUGUUUAUUUUUCACAUUCGCACGCACCACUGCACAUUUAUCAUGCAGACAAUAAGUCUAAACUUUUGUCAAACUCAUUUAUAAGUCCAAGAUGGGGUGGAGUCUAUAUAGUAAAUCCGACUUUACAAGGGGAUGCACAUUACGAGUAUAAAGCUCACAGCAAGCAAAUUUUCAGAACAUUUUAUACAAUGUUACUAGAACUAUUUAAAAUUGAAAGUUCGAAAGAUGCAAGUAUCACAGAUUUUAAAAUUAAGAAGACUCAUGACAUGAUAGAGUCUUCUAAAAGAACUUUAAAGUCUCUUGCGCAGUUGCUCUCAGAAAUUAACAGUAUUGUUAUAAGUGAUAAUGUAGCAGAACAAAUAACUGUUGCUUUGGAAAGUGUUAAGAUGGCUGAAGAGUUCAGGGAAAAGGGGGACAUUGACAAUGCCCUGGCGUAUGCCAAAGAAGCUUUUAAGAACUCUGAAGAGGCAUUUGCUCAUCCUUCUUUGUUGGCUUUAUUGUAUUUUCCUGAUGAUCAGAAGUAUGCCAUCUACAUACCCCUAUUUCUACCUGUAAUGAUCCCAGUAAUCAUGUCCUUGGCGCAAAUCACAAAAAAGAAGAAUCCCAAACUAAAAACUCUCUAAAUACUUUUAUAAGAGACUGAUUUUUUUUUUUGUAUUAUAAAAACCACCAAAAAACAUAGUGUGUACGUUUGUGAUAUAGUUUGUUUUAAGGAAAAAUAGAAAUCAGGUAAAAAAGAAAA